AUGGCGUCUCUCAAACGCAACACAUCUCUCCCGCCGAACACUCCGUCUCUCUACCUUCCAUCACUCAUGUCCACCGCCGAUCCUCCAACAAUACAAACUCCAGCGCCUGCUGUACCCGUGUCUGAAGCGAAGAAGAAGAAGAAAUCCCGGUCCGAGAAGCGCGCGGCGGCUGCCAAAGCUAACCCCCACGAACGAACUAAGACGGUCGUACGCCGUUUGCCGCCGAACUUGCCGGAGGAUGUGUUCUGGCAGAGCGUGCAGAAGUGGGUGUCGGACGAAACUGUGGUAUGGAAGAGCUUUGUGCAGGGGAAGCUGAGGAAGAAGAUGAACAAGGAGAAUGUGCACUCUCGGGCUUACAUCGCGUUCAAGAGCGAAGACCUCGUCGCUGCUUUUAGCCGCGAGUACGAUGGACAUGUAUUCAGGGAUAAGGCUGGCAACGAGGCGCAGGCCGUCGUCGAGUUUGCGCCGUUUCAGAAGAUCCCGGCCCCGUCUGAGAAGGUGAAGAAGGAUCAUCGCAUUGGCACUAUCGAAGAAGAUGAAGAAUACCAGGCGUUCCUUAAGACCCUGGAAGAGUCUACCACGAAGGCUAUGGAUACCGAGACACUCCUCGAGACACUAAUCGCAUCAACCAUCGCCGCACCCCAGCCUACUUCAACGCCCCUUCUUGACGCGCUCAAAGCCGAGAAGUCCGCUCAGAAGGAUAAAGAGGCUAUCCUGCGCAAUCAUGCGCACUACAAGGAAAUCAAGAAAGACGACAAGAAGAAGGGCGCCGCUGCAGCCGCGUCUACUGCUACGGCAGCCGCCACCGCCACCACUGCACCUGGAACAAACAAGGAUGCGCCGGCGACUCUUGGUAAACGUGCAGCGAAGAAGGCGGCGGCCGCGCAGAAAGCUGCCGCUGAGAAGGAGAAGGGCAAGGAGAAGGCGGCGCCUGCAGCGAGUGGAAGCGGUGCCCCGGCGAAGUCUGCGCCUCCUACACCGAAGAAGAAGGGUGCCGCUGCGGCUGCUACCACCGCCGGCACCGCCGCCCCAGCCGAUUCAUCGACGCCCGCAGACCCCUCUGCACCAGCUGCUGCCGCAUCUACUUUGGAGCCUGCCGCACGGAGACAGCGUCCCGUCAUCGCAGCUUCGUCUAGGGCUCUCGAGGCGGCAUUGAGUGGCGCUGGUGUGCAGAAGAAACGCGAGCCGAAGGAUAAAGGCAAAGAGAAGGAGAAGGCGGCGGAUAAGGAUAGCAACCCUACUACUGAGGCGUCAGAGGCGAAGAACAAACCCCGUCCGCCUACAAGUGGGAAGGUACCUGUGUCGAUCGCGGCAACGCCCGCGAGUGGUGGCGGCGUAUUGCCCGCACCGGGGAUACUCCAGCGCGAAGCGCCGAAGGUCAUUGCCAGGCCUGCUGAGCCGGCUGUGGCUACUCCCAAUGAGGGCGGUGCCGCACCGUCUGCUCGUGGCGGGAAGCGUGGUGGGCGCGGAGGAGGUGGCGGUGGCGGUGGCGGACGCGGCGGUGGACGGGGAGGUGGACGUGGGAGGGGCCGGGGUGGACCACCUGCACAGGGCGAUUGA